AUGAGGGCAAUUUAUCAGCAUGCUGCUAGUGUAGCUGUCUGGCUUGGGCUGCAGAAUAACGGGAGUGAGACCGCGAUCCAAAUGGCACGUGAUCUCAAUUCUUGUCAGUCAAGAGAAGAAGUUAUGGCUUUGCUGGACAGACCGGAAGCUAAAGAACAUCUUGAAUAUCUGGUUAAUUUGUUUAGAAGGCAGUAUUGGUGGCGCAUUUGGGUCAUCCAAGAAGUGAGCUGUGCGAAGAGCGCAAUGGUGUAUUGUGGCGGGGACGCAAUACCAUGGACAACACUCGACAGCGUCUGCGACAUCCUCAAGAGAGUAGACUCUCAACUGCGCUCCUUAUUCUAUACCCACCCCUCCUACAUCCGCACACUGACGCACGGCGGACCACGAGGUUUGCAACUGUCCCGCUACUCACCACACCUCUCCGCCCCACCGCUACUCGAACUCCUCCUUUCACACAAAAGCAAGAAAUCCACCGAUCCGAAAGACAAAGUGUACGCUUUAGUGGGAAUCUCCAGCUCCCGACAUACCUUCGGGAAGAUAGACUAUUCCCUCUCAAUGAAAGAGAUAUACACCCACACUGCCCGCCAUAUCAUCUCCACCUCUCAAAAGCUCGACGUAAUCUGCGUCAAGCAGCACGACAUCGACCAAUUUUCCCUCCCGAGCUGGGUAACAGACUGGACGCGGCCCCCCACUUCAUCAGGAGCCCUCGUCAUUGGACUACAUCACCAGGUUCCCCCAUUCACCGCCUCCGGCACCACACCUGCCUCAUUCCAGUUCCUCCACAACGGCUACGUCCUCAGAACAAAAGGCAUAGUCCUAGACACGAUCCGUACGGUUGGCAUGCCCUACAAAAAGCGUGGUCCACCGUCCGAAGUGGUGCCCUUGUUAGAGGUCUUCCACGACUGGUGGAAUACAUUCGUCGCCUCGUUCUCCAACUCUCUUUCCUCGCAAGUGCGCUUUGCGCGGGCAAUAUCCUGCGGUUCCUGGUCUUUCAGCUCCGAAGAUGAAUAUGCGGGGAAACUGGAAGCGAUAUUCGCGUUGAGUGAUCAGUUGUUGAGUGAUAGUGAUAUGUUGCGAUUGGAUCCGCCGAGCAGGAGCAGCACGAUGGCGAGCUCCAAGGAGAGGCUGAGUGUGGUGCUGGAGGCGGGGCAGAUGAUGAAUCAACGGCGGUUGUUCCUUUCUCGCUCUGGUUUCGUCGGCCUUGCGCCGUGGACUGCAGCGAAGGGAGAUAUUGUUUGUGUGCUGCUUGGGUGCAGAUCUCCUGUUAUUUUGAGAAGGGAAAGGGGGCAUUAUGUGUUGAUUGGAGAGGCGUAUAUUGAUGAGUUCAUGAAUGGAGAGGCGAUGGUUGGAUUGAGAAACGGAGAACCCGUCUUGGAAACGUUUGAGAUUCAUUGA